GGAUACUAGAUCUCUCGAAUCAGAACCGUGUAGUCAUCGUCUCUGCGCCACAUACACGACAAUACUAGUAUCUUUUGUCUUUCUUUCAUCCCUGACACGCGAAUACGGACCAAAACAAACAUGACGAGCACAGACGCCGAAGGGACGCCCCUACUAGGUCGGCCCUGCGGCGGCGACGCUGACACGGCUUUCAGACGCCGUGUUAUCACCACGACUUUCAUCAUGGUGAUCCUAGUGGACCUGGCCGCCUUCUUCCUGGAAGCACCCCAGAUGAAGAUUCUCGAGGGCAUCAUCUGCAACCGCUAUUAUACCGCUGCUGCUGGCGCCUCAAUUGUUCCGGGCGACACCGACUGCAACAUUGGGCCCGUCCAGUCGGAGCUUGCGACCGUGGUACAGAUGCUCAACACAUUCAACCGCUUGCCGGGUCUUAUCGUCGCCAUCCCGUUCGGCAUUCUGGCAGACCGCUACGGCCGACGGCCCGUGCUACUGCUGGCGAUACUUGGGGCGCUCUUGCAGGAUGUCAUGUCCAAGACCGUUCUUUGGUACUCGGACCUCGUCAACCCGCGUUUCAUCUGGCUGUCAUCAGCGGCCCUCAUGAUGGGCGGGGGUGAUUCUGUCUCUGGGUCCAUGGUUUAUCUUGUCGUAGCUGACGUCGCCUUGCCGGAGCAGAGAGCUAGCCUUUUCUUCCAGUUAACCGCCUGCGGCCUCAUUGCGGAACUGUUGGCUACACCCUUAAGCGCUUUGUUCAUGGCGAGGGACCCUUGGAUACCAUACUUUAUGUAUAGUGGCAUGUCACUGCUCGCCGGAACAAUACCUCUGGUCUUCCUUCCAGAGACUCUGCCUAAGCCAGCGCUUGAGACGGAGGCCCUCCAAGAUGCCACAAGCGGGAGUGAUUCCUCCCCGCCCAUUAGAUCUGGUUUGGCCUCACGGUUUCGGCCUCUCAAGAAGCGCAACGUGGUUGCUGUUCUGUUGGCCUUCUUUGUCUCGGCUCUGGGCCGUCAGUCUACGAGUUUUUUGUUGCAGUUUAUACGUCAACGAUUUAGUUGGACGUACGAAAAGGUGAGGCCGUUGCAACCACUUCUCAAUGAAAAGACACUUCUCUUCUAA